AAACGGCUGGGACAAUGAAGAAAACGCAACAGUACCGGGAAAACGUUUGUUCCCGUUAUCUUGUCUUUAGUUCGGGAGUUGGUCUUGUCUUUAACGAUUCGUAGUUUUUUUCCCGUACCGAUGGUAGUUCUCCUUUACGCGUACUUCGUUAUUUAAGUGUUGUAUAAUAUUUGUGCGUUGUGAUUUAUUUAGACAGACAAACCCGAUGAAAACCUCUGAUCCAUUGUAACGACAUCGAAACUGGUACAAUGGAUGCUUGUAACAUUAAAGUGGCCAUUAAAGCCCGACCGUUAAACCACAAGGAACAGUUGGACGGUAGAGUCUAUUGGAAAAUCGAAUCUGACAGUGUGGUCCAUAUCGAUCCAAUCACCAAAAAAAUAAACGGAGAGCGAUUCUUUUUCGAUAGAGUAUUUUGUGGUGAAUCAACUAAUAAUGAUGUAUUUGACGAGAUUGUCAAACCAAUUAUUGAUAGAGGCGUGCAAGGGUUUAAUGGUACAGUAUUUGCAUAUGGUCAGACAGCUUCUGGAAAGACAUAUACUAUGGCUGGUGAUCAAUCAAACCUUGGAAUAAUUCCAUUGGCAAUUUAUUAUAUGUUCAGUGUUAUGAAUAGUUCUACAGAUAGAGAAUACUUACUCAGAGCUUGUUACUUAGAAAUUUACAAUGAAAAAGUUAUUGACCUACUUGAAAAAAAGGAUAACAAAAAUCAGAAAAAAAUUGAAAUUCAGAAAGAUGGAUUACAUAUAACACCACUUAAAGCUGUAGUUUGUCAAAAUGCUCAAAUGGUUAUUGAUCUCAUGAAAAUGGGUGAACAAAAUCGUAGUUUUGGAGAGACAAAUAUGAAUGAGAGAUCAUCAAGAUCUCAUACCAUAUUUCGUAUUAUUCUAGAAAGUCGUAAUGUUGAUGAUGAUUGUGAUGGGGCUUACCAACAGUCAGUAAUAAAUUUAGUUGACUUAGCUGGUUCUGAAAAAAGUAGUCAAACACAAUUGUCCAUGGAACGAUUUAAAGAAGGUUGCAAAAUUAAUAGUUCUCUCACAACAUUAGGUCUUGUCAUUCAACAACUUAGUGAAUGUCCUGAUAGCUCGCAGUUUAUUAACUUCCGUGACAGUAAAUUGACAAGAAUAUUACAAACAUCUCUAGGUGGAAAUUCAUUAACUGCUAUUAUUUGCACUGUAACAUUAGCUGUAGAAGAUCAAACUCAAAACACAUUGAGUUUUGCUUCUCGUGCUAAAAAAAUUAGAAAUGUUGCUAAAGUGAAUGAAAAUGUUACUGAUGAAACACUUCUAAAACGUUAUAGAGUUCAGCUUUCUAAGUUGAAUAAAGAAUUGGAGGGUAUUAAACAAAAUCAAUAUGAAAAUGAUGAAGUAAAUGAAAUUAAAUAUAAGUAUCAAAUUGAAAAACGAACAAAUGAAGAAUUAAAAGAACGUAUUAUGCGUUUACAAAACAAUAUGAUUACAUCAUCUGUAGGGCACAAGGAACAACCUUCAAAUAAAAAAGGGUAUCAUCGAAGGCGGACUUGGGGAGGCAAACUUGACUGUACAUUUUCUUCAAAUAGUAUACUUGAAACUAUAGAAGAAGAUGUCAAUGUUCCUCGACCUAGUGUACCAUCAAAUUUUGGCAAUCAAAAUAAAGAAUUUAAGACUCCGUUGGAACCAUUUGAAUUGGAUUUAAUGAGAGAAGAAGAUCGUACUAUAGAUAUUGAAUCUAUAAUUAAUGACAUUCCAGAGAAUGAAAUCUCUCCACCUUGUAGCAUACCUUUUAGUGUAUGUGAAACACCUAAAAAAGUCUUAAGAGAACGUGUUAAUAACUACAAAAAUAUGUUUGAAAUGAGUAUGAAAGAAAACAAUGAAUUGAGGGAAUUUACAACUCUUGAAAAACAAAUGUUUCAUGAAAAUAAUGAACAACUAAAAAAUUUAAGUAUUUUAACAAAAAAAGUUGAUGAUCUUCAAAUUGAAAAGAAUGAAUCAGCUGAAUUAAUUAAAAAACUUCAAUGCUCAAUUAAACUUAUUGAAAAUGAAAAACGUGAUGUUGAAGUUGUCAUGGAAAUGCAAAAAAAUAAGUAUGAAAAACGUGAAAUUGAACUUUUGGGUACUAUUCAGGAAACAAGAGAAGAACUAAAAUUAAAAGAAGAACAAUUAAAAAAAGUUAUAUUAAAUGAUACAUUCAUGUCUGAAAAGCAAGAAGAAAUUAAAAGACUAGAAAUGAAAAUUAAAGAAAUGAGUCUAUUAAAUCACUCUUAUAUUAAUGAAAUAGAAACAAUGAAAUCACAGUUGAUAAAUAAGGAUCACCAACUUAAUGAAGAAUUGACAAAAAAUAACUUGAUCAUGAAUGAGUUAUCUCUUCUUCAAAACCAUGUGACUGAAAGUAAAUCUGUUACUAAUGCUGUUCAAUUGUUAGCUGGUAAAGGGUAUUUUGCUUUACAAAAACAUGAAAUUAUGGAGUUGGAUAAGCUUCUAGAACAUAUUCAUAAUACAGUAGAAAAAUUGCAGUUUGAUAAUCAACAAUUAAAUGAUGAAAAUAACAAUUUAAAAUUAAUUACAAAUGAUUUUACCAUUCAAAUUAAUAAUAUCAAAAAAGAAAAUUAUGAUUUGAAAUUGCAGCUAAAUUUAAUUGAAUCAAAUAUUAGGUCUGUUAUCAAAGAUUUUAGUGGUAGUGUGAAGAUUGAUGUUGAUAACUCAGAUGUAAACAGUUUAAUAGAAUUUGCUGUUAAUCACUUUGAAAAAAACACAAAAGAGAUAGAUGAACUUUCGAGUAAAAAUCAAAUUUUAAAUGAAAAAUUGACUUUAUCUAAUAAUACAUUAUGUGAUAUUAAAUUAUUUGUAUUUGAUGUUCUGGAUGAUAUUCUAGGAAGUAUUUCUUCUUUAGAAAUUGAUUCGACUACUGAAAUAAACAGAUUUAAGAAAGAACUUUCUGAAACUAUUGAAAAAAAUAUAUUUUUGAAAUCAAGUAUCCAAGAUUUCAAUAAAUUAACAUCUGAGUGUGUUGAAAUUGUGGAAAAAGUUAAGACUAAUCGAUCCUAUAUUAUAAGUCUUCAAAAAGAAUUAGCUGUGAGUAAUGCUGCUAAAAAUGAAUAUCAAAUACAAAUUGAACAAUUAAAUGAAUUAAAUACUAACCUCAAUACAUUAAUAGAAAAUCAAACCAAAGUUGAAAAAGAAAUUCAAGAAAGAUUGGAUGAUAAAUCAUCUGAAUUGAAAGAUACUCUUAUUGCUCUAAAUGAAAUGAAAUUAUCUAUAAAAGAUUAUGAAAAUGACACUAAUUCAAAUGUAGAUCGAUUAAACAUUGAAUUACAAAUAGUUCAAUCUAAUCUUGAAGAAAAAUGUAAUCUGGUUAACAAGCUUGAAGAGACAACAUUAGAACUAUCAACUAAAUACAAUGAACUAGAAAGACAUUAUGAAUUAACUACUAAAACCAUUGAACAAAAGGAAGAAAUUGAAAAGCAAUUACGAGAUGAACUUAUUGAAAAGACUAACAAUCUACAGUGUACAACUGAUGAAUUAAAAGAAAUGAAAAUGAAAGUUGCAUCGAAUGAAUCUGAAAUUCAAACGUUAAAUACUUUACUUGAAUCUGCUAAAUCUGAAAACACAAAUGAUUUGGAACAAAACAACCAGCUUAAAAAAAGUGUUUCUGAAUUACAGCUUAAAUUAAUAGAAAAAGAAACAUCUGAAAGUAAAAUUCAUGAAGAAUUGGUUACAAAAACUAAAGAAUUAGAAAUUGUACUUUCUCAAGUAAACGUCCUGCAAUUAAACAUUGAUGCUAAUACUAAUGUUAUAGAAAAACUGAACGAUGAACUUGGUUCUAUCAAAUUAAAUAUAGAAGAAAAGUAUAAACUAAUUGAUGAAUUUGAAAAGAGUAAAUUGUAUGCAAUAAAGUGUAAUAAUCUGAAAUUAAAUGAGACAAUUAUCAAACUUGAAUCUGAAUUGGUGGAAAAAUCACACAAUGAAGAAUUUUUGGAAACCAAACUAAAUAGUAUUAUUAUAGAAUUAAAUGAUACUAAUUUUAAAAGCAAUGAAUUAAAAUCAACUAUAGAUAUUUUAAAAAAUGAUUAUGAAUAUAAUAUUGAAAAACUAAACCAUGAACUUGAAUGUUAUAAAUUUACUGUUACUGAAAAAAUUAGUUUAAUUGAAGAAUUAGAAAACGUUAAUUCAAAACUUUCAAAUCAAAUAUCAGAAAAAUUAUCAUCCAAAUCAUUCCUUAUUGAAAAUGCUUUAGUUGAUUUAAAUGAAAUUUAUUCAUUAGUCGUAACAAUGGAGAAUGACUUAAAAUCAUACAUUCUUUUAACAGAACAAUUGAAGUCUGAAUUGGCUACUAAAUCAGAUUUACUAACCAAUUUAGAAACCAUGAACUCUGAAUUACUUGUGAAAUGUGCUGAAAUUAAUGAAACAAAGUUAAUUAAAAUAAAAGAAGAUGAAAAUUCUUAUAAAAAUCUACAAGAUCAAUUCAUAACAGUUACUGAAAUAAAUAAAGAUUUAAAUUUGGCGAAUCAAAAAUAUAUAGAAUUAUCAAAACAUCAUGAAGAGACAAAAUUGUAUCUAGAAAAUACAUUAAAAUUGCAAGUAUCAAACUAUCACAAGUUGUAUACAGAAUUCAUUAAUUUAUCUAAUGAUAUUGAAUCAUCUUUUAAACUUCAAAUGGAUACAGAAUCUAAUUUGAGAGCAGAAAUUGUACUUAAAUCUACUGAGAUUGAGUAUUUACAAAAGCAAAUACUUGAAUCCAGUUUACAGUCAGAAUAUGAUAAACUCGAAGAAGAAUUUAUGUUGAGGUCACGUGAAUGUGAUGAAGCACAAUCUAAAAUUGUGAAUCUCGAAUCAAUAUUGUUAAAUCAAGCAGAAAAUGAAAAAAUCCUAAAAAGUAAUUACAAGUCUAAAUGUAUUGCGUUGGAAGAGUAUAAGAAAAAUGUUGAGUUUUUGUUUUCGAGAAACGAUUCAUUUCAAACAAGAGUUAAUGAUUUUGAGGAAAAUGUUUUAGUGGAUUUAAAUGAAGAAUUUGAUUCAAUUAAAUCAGAAUUAGCUAAGAAAACAGAGAAUGAAAAAUAUUUAUUGGAAGAAAAAGCCAAUCUUGAGUGUAAAUUGAACGAACUGCAAGAAAAACUUUCCAGUAUUGCCAAGGAAAUGGAAUUAAGUGAAGAAAGAACAGAAGAUUUAGCCUCAAUUAUUGAUGUUUUAGUAAUUGAAUUGAAAGAUGCAAAUUCUGUAAAAAAGAAUUUAGAAUGUCGUUUAAAUGAAGCGGAACAUGAUAUAAUAAUGACUGGAGAUAUGGUUGAACAUUUUGAACGUGAUUUGUACUGUGCACAAAGAGAAUAUGAAAAUUUGUGUACUAAAACUAAAUUUAUUGAAAAUGAGUUAAACGGACUCAAAUCAAAAUUAAAUGAUAAAAUUGAUAAAAAUAAUUUGGAAAGUAAUAAUGUAAGAAAUCAAUUAUUCGAUCCACUUGUUGAUUAUGUACAUGAUAUUAAAUUAAAACUGACUGAACUCAAUUCUGCUAUGAUAUCAGGAAAUCGGAGUGAAAAACUAUUUAGAACAAAAGUAAUGUCUAUUGAAGAUGAUGGUUUACCAUGUGAUGAUGAAGUUUGGAAAGGUGGCUCCCCUCUUGUAUCUCCUAAUAUUGGAAUUGAUUUAGAAAUUGAUAAUUUACGGAAGUUAUUAGGAGAUAAAAUAGAUUUAAUUAACUCUCUUCAAAAAGAUAAAAAUAAUGUAGAGAACAGUGUUAACGAACUUCAAGACCAAAUAAAAAAUUUAUCCAAUGAGAAUAACAAAUUAGUUAAUGAUAUGGCGUUAAUGGAAAAUUAUUUGAAGGAAAAAGAAUCUUUACUAAGCAAUUUAAAUAAUGAAUUGAGUCAAUUGAAAAUACAAUAUACUACACUUGAAGAACAUAAUCAGGCUAUAAAAGAACAAAUUCAUCAUAGUUUAGACAUUGAUUCAGAACUGAGAAAUGGUAAAAAGAACUUGUUAAAUGAAAUCAAUCUUCUUGAACCAGGAAAAAUAACUGGGGUUCUUGCUCAUCAUAAUUUGUCAAAUUUGUUGGAUACAUUUGUCAGUUUAAUAAUGACUAAAGAACAACAAAUUGUAACUGAUUUAGUUAAUAGCCACAAUAAGAGUAAGCAACAAUAUGAAGAUCAGAUCAAACAAUUCCAAGAAGAUAUUAAAAAAGGAAAAGAAUGGCAAGAACAAGUAGAAAGUGAUAAUGAAAAACUCUGUUUAGAAUUGGAAAUUCUGAAGUCUGAAAAACAUAAUUUCCCUAAUAGAGAAAUUGAGAUAAAAGAGUUAACCGAAAAAAUAUUAGAAGUAGAAAAUCAAGCUUUUGAUUAUUUAUCUGAAUUGCAAGAAUUAAAGACACAAUUUAACAAGAAAAGUGAACAAAGUUAUCAAGCAUUGUCAAAUGAGUUUGAAUUAUUUAAAACUAGUUCUGAGCAAUCUAUAAAAGAACUGAAAACAAAACUUGAAGAUCUAACCAGCAAAUAUAAUGAAUCAUUAAAUUUGUACAAAGAUCAAAAAAACAGUCGUUCUACUCUGGAAAGUCAAGUAGAGAAAAUCCAAUCUGAAUGUGCGUGUCUUCAAGCUAUUUUAGAAAAGAAAGAUGAAGAUAUUAAAAAUCUAUUUGAUCAGGUUCAAUUGAAAACAGAAGAAUAUGAAAAAUUAUUAGAAAAAAAUGUUCUCCAAAAAAAAGAAAUGAAUGAUAUUCACGGGAAAAAGAUUGACGAACUUUUAUUGGAAUUAAAUGAUAAAUCACAACAAAUAUAUAACACAGAUAAAUUACUCAAAGAAGUAACUAAAAAUUACAACCAACUUCUGGAAGAAAAUUCUUCAAAUGUAUUAAAAAAUAAGCAUAAUAAUGAUAAUUCUGAUUUAUGUGCAAAAAUAAAAGAACUUGAGUUUAAUAUUCAAACUAUUUCAGAAAUUAAUAAAACAAAACUUAAAAGUUUGGAAACAGAAUUAAAAUUAAAGAAUACUAAAUUAGAAGAGAGUGAAGCUCAAUAUUCUAAAGUUAUUCAGGAAUUUGAACUUAACAAGUUAAAAAUUAUUACUCUUGAAAAACAAUUAGAAAAUAGUUAUGAGACAUUAAAGUUAAAAGAUGAUCAAAUUAAAAAUUACUAUACAAAAUCGAAAAUUAAUGAUGACAACUCAGUUGAAAUAAAUAACACAAUUGACAAAUUUAGAAAAACACUAAAUUGCACUGGUCCAUUAUCUUUGCUCUAUGAAAAUUUCAGUUCAUUAGUGGCAAAAUAUGAAGAUUUAAAAGAAGAAAUGGAAGAACUUAAGCUUAAUAAUAUGAAUUUGGACGAAGAAUGUGAAUUGAUGUUAACUGAAAUAAAAAGUAAAGACGGCAAAAUAUUAGAACUUCUGACUCAGGAAGACGAGCUGAAACAAAAUAUUGAAUUAUUAACUGAAGAAAGAGAUUUUUUAAAAAAUAAAUUUGAACAAGUUAAAAAUGUUAAUGAUGAUAUCAAAAAAUUAAAUGAUGAAAUAUGUGGUUAUGAGCAAAAUAUUUAUCAAUUAAGAAAAGAAAAAGGUCAGCUAAUUAUGGCCCAUGAUAAAGAAAUGAAAAAGCUGAAAUCUGAACUAAAUGAAGUUCAUACUAAAAAUUUAGAACUUCUUAAUGAAUAUAAUAAACUAUCAGAGACUGCCAAGAAUUUGGAAAAAUCUUUAAAGGAGGAUAUUCAACAGUUGAAUAGAUGUAUUGUUGAUAAAAAUGCCAAAAUUUCUACAUUAGAACUCUUCUCUAAAACUAAUAAUGACGAGCUAAAAAAGAAAAAUAAUGAACUGGAACACUUCUACAAGAGGGCUAGAGAUGAGAAUCAUAUGUUGCGUAAAGAAGUACAUCGGUUAAAAGAAAUUACAAACGUAAGAAAACUUGAUCAAUAUACUCAGACUGUUGAAGAACAAAGUGUAGUCAGUAGUGCUAUGAUUGCUGGGAAUAAAAGCAUGGCUGAAAAAAUUACUAAGUUGGAAAAUGAUAACCAGGUGAUGAAAAAAAUGUUACAUCAUCGAAAAAUUAAAAUUGAAGAACUUCAAAAACAACUUAGUGAGAAUCAUUCUUGAAUUUGUUUAAUUAAGUUAACUAACAGUUGGUUUUUAAAAUUAUAUACUGUAUACAUAUAUUUAUGGAAUUGUAUUAUUAAGAAGUUAUUGUGUUCUAUAGAAAAUAAGUAUAAAUUUAUUGAGAUUUAA